UUGUCUACUGAAACACUAAGUAAAUAUAACACCGGAGGGUUUUGAAGUCUUCUUAGUUAUUGUAGCUAACUUGUCGCUUAGGUUUUAAACGAUUUAUUUAUUCAUUUUUACAAAUAUUUUUUAAACAGAGUACCAUAUCAUAGAGAAGCCAUGUCGACCCCACUAGAGAAGCCACAGAUUAUAUCUCACAUCCAGAAAGGUUUAAACUAUACGGUUUUUGACAGCAAAUGGAUCCCCUGUAGCGCGAAGUUUGUAUGCAUGGGAAACUUUGCAAGAGGCACAGGAGUGAUACAGAUCUACGAGGUUCAACAAGGGGAGGUGCAGCUUAUCAAAGAGAUUGAAAAAGCCAAGCCUUUUAAAUGUGGCACCUUUGGAGCCACUUCACUGCAAAAGAGGCAUCUGGCAACUGGGGAUUUUGGGGGAAACCUUAAUAUUUGGAACCUUGAAGCUCCAGAGAUCCCAGUUUAUUCAGUGAAAGCACAUACAGAAAUUGUAAACACUAUUGAUGGUGUAGGAGGUCUGGGUAUUGGGGAUGGAGCUCCUGAAAUUGUAACUGGGAGCAGAGAUGGUACAGUAAAGGUGUGGGACCCAAGGCAGAAAGACACUCCUGUUGCUAAUAUGGAACCAAUAGAAGGAGAAACAAAGAGAGACUGUUGGACUGUAGCAUUUGGUAACGCCUGCAAUGACCAGGAUCGAUGCGUCUGUGCUGGGUAUGAUAAUGGCGAUAUUAAACUUUUUGAUCUGAGGAACAUGUCGGUAAGAUGGGAAACAAACAUAAAAAAUGGGGUAUGUUGUGUUGAGUUUGACAGGAAAGACAUCAAUAUGAACAAACUUGUUGCCACAUCACUAGAAGGAAAAUUUCAUGUUUUUGACAUGAGGACCCAACACCCAACCAAAGGCUUUGCUUCAGUCUCUGAAAAGGCUCAUAAAUCUACUGUCUGGCAGGCAAGACACUUGCCACAGAACAGAGACAUCUUUAUGACGGCAGGAGGAGCAGGAAGCCUUCAUCUUUGGAAAUAUGAGUACCCGGCUCAAAGAAGUAAGAAGGAUGCAGAUGGGAUUGAAAUGGGAGUCGCAGGGUCCGCCAGUCUUCUGCAGAAUGUUACGUUGUCAACACAGCCUAUUGCAAGUCUAGACUGGAGUCCUGAUAAACAGGGCCUUUGUGUCUGCUCAGCGUUUGACCAAACUGUGAGGGUCCUUAUUGUUACUAAACUCAACAGAGUUUAGACAGUGACAGUGCAAAGUGUAUUUAUGUAAUCUUUAUGUUUUCAUUAUCUUAAGUAAGCUCGUUAGAAGCACACAUCUUAAAUAAUGAUGAGAAGGCAUGUUGUUAAUUUUUUAUUUGUUUUUUUCCACGCAAACAGUACAUUUGUAAACCAUACAGCCUGUACCUAAUAGAAACCUAUAGA